ACUGUGCAAUUGAAGAAGAAUCUGGCCACAUUAAUUAAUUGCCAUUUCUUUUCUCCUAUAAAUCCGUGUAACUUCAUUUCUCUCUUUCACAGUCAUACGCCUCCAUUUCUUUCCUCUCCUUCCUUUUAGCUCUCUGGUUUUCCGACGUAAAAACCCAGGUCUGAGGUCUCACUAACCCGGGUUUCCUUCCUUUUCUUCAUUUUAUUCCUUUACAUUAUCUAGUUUCCCAGUUUUCGUACAUGAGUUCUUCAUUUCUCCCUUUCACAGUCGCAGUCUCUGCAGGCUUCUUUUCUCCUCUUUCGACGCCAUUUUCCUCUACAUAUAUAGCUUCCUUAUUUCUGCAGCUCCCAGCUUAAUAAGCCGGUGACACGGAAGAACAUCUCCCGUAGUUGAUUUUAUGAUUUUAUCAUUCAUAUAGGAAGACGUACGUUCCCAAUGCAGGGUUGCGAUGACCUGUGAGGUUGGUGUCGACAGGGGAAAACCAACAUUUUUUCAUCACACACACUGGAGUGCUUUCUAUUUUCAAGCUACCUUCCAGAACCCAGUUCCAGGGUUUACCGGAGUCGAGUAACUUUCCGGCAAUAAAAAAAAAUCCACCGUGAAAUUGCAUUUUACCGGCGGCGGCAAUCAAUCAUCCAAUCCUCCUCCCAUGGAUGCAUCUACGACUCUGUUGCUCUUGGCAGCCAUUAUGGCGUAUUUACUCUGGUUCAGACUCAUCUCCCGGUCAUUAAAAGGUCCACGUGUCUGGCCCCUGUUGGGUAGCCUUCCGGGACUGAUCGACAACGCCGAUCGCAUGCACGACUGGAUCGCCGAGAAUCUCCGAGCGUGUGGCGGCACGUACCAGACCUGCAUCUGCGCCAUCCCCUCUCUGGCGCGAAAGCAAGGGCUUGUGACCGUCACGUGCGAUCCGCAGAAUCUGGAGCACAUACUGAAGACCCGAUUCGACAACUAUCCGAAGGGCCCCACCUGGCAGGCUGUGUUCCAUGAUCUACUCGGUGAAGGCAUCUUCAAUUCUGAUGGAGACACGUGGCUUUUCCAGAGGAAAACCGCUGCUCUCGAAUUCACCACCCGAACGCUGCGCCAAGCCAUGGCUCGGUGGGUGAACCGAGCCAUCAAACUGAGGUUCUGCCCGAUUCUGAAGGCGGCUCAGCUCGAAUCCAAGCCGGUCGAUCUUCAGGACCUCCUGCUCCGGCUCACCUUCGAUAACAUAUGCGGGCUGGCGUUCGGUAAGGACCCACAAACCCUAUCUCCGGGUCUCCCGGAGAACGGCUUCGCUUCGGCCUUCGACCGAGCCACGGAGGCGUCGCUGCAGCGCUUUAUCUUUCCUGAGUUCAUAUGGAAGCUGAAGAAGUGGCUUCGGCUCGGCUUGGAAGUCACCUUGACUGAGAGCGUCGAACACGUGGAGAAGUAUCUAGCCGAUGUCAUCAAGACACGUAAGCUCGAGCUUCUGAAUCAACACCAAGGUGGGACCCACCAUGAUGACUUGCUCUCGAGGUUCAUGAAGAAGAAGGAAUCCUACUCGGAUUCGUUCCUGCAACACGUCGCACUGAAUUUCAUCCUGGCUGGCCGUGACACGUCAUCCGUGGCGCUGAGCUGGUUCUUCUGGUUGGUGAUGCAGAACCCGAGAGUGGAGGAGAAGAUCUUACGCGAGAUCUGCACCGUUCUCAUGGAAACACGUGGCAACAACCCAUCGAAGUGGGUGGACGAGCCCCUGGCGUUCGAGGAAGUUGACCGUUUGAUCUACCUGAAGGCGGCAUUGUCGGAAACCCUGCGACUCUACCCGUCGGUGCCGGAAGACUCAAAACAUGUGGCAGCCGACGACGUGCUGCCGGACGGAACUUUCGUUCCGGCGGGUUCGGCAAUCACGUAUUCUAUAUAUUCGGCGGGCAGGAUGAAGUUCACGUGGGGGGAGGACUUCCUUGAGUUCCGACCGGAGAGGUGGUUAUCACCCGACGAGAAGCAAUUCGAAGCCCAACAUCCAUUCAAGUUCGUAGCUUUUAACGCCGGGCCCAGGAUCUGUCUUGGGAAGGACUUAGCUUAUCUGCAAAUGAAGUCGAUCGCGGCUGCAGUGUUGCUACGACACCGGCUGAGCUUAGCACCGGGCCACUGCGUGGAGCAGAAGAUGUCCUUGACUCUGUUCAUGAAGUACGGGCUGAAGGUUAACGUGCACCACAGGGAUCUGACGGCGAUCGCCUCUUCCAUACACAGGGAGACUGAGGGGAAGCUGUGGGGUGUAGAAGGUUUGGCCGUUAAGUGCAACGGCGUCACUCCGGCAGCUUGUGAUGAUCGUCGAGUGGGGGUUGAAAUGAUUGUUGAGGUGGCUUAGGGAGGAGGGUGGUCGACUGUGAAUAGUGAAAAAACAGUGUUUUAUGCAGGUGAGUACUGAGGACAGAGGAGUGUUAAUUUAAGCAUAUCUGCGUAUGUGGUCUCUCAUUUAAUUUAUCAGAAAGAAAGAGGUUGAAAGAAAAGAAUGGUGUAAGUGUUAAAUUUAAAACUUGAAAGAGGAGGGUAGUUAAGUAGAAAAACGUAGAGCAGAAUCUGUGAAAGAGAAAACAGGAGAAAAAAUGCAAGUCUGAGAGAAGACAGAAGAAGAUUCAGAUUGAGAUGGUUUAAUUUCUUUAUAGGAUUUGUUGAUAUGAGAAGAUGGAUUGGGUCUCUGUAGAAGUACAGAUCGAAUGGGGGACACCAGCUUUUCCUCUGUUUACUGUAGAAAGCAAUUUUAUAAAAUAUAAUUUCUUUUGUAUUUGUAGCUAUUGAGCUUUGCUGCAGAAUGAAUAAACAAACUUAUCAAUUAAUGGAGUACAGGAAUUGAAUGACAUAAACUGUAAACGUCACGAGAUAAAGAACACGAUUUCUUCCCCUUGUCCUGCGCUUUGCAGUUGAGAUAUUACAGUGAUUUGUGAUUAUUCCGUUUGGGGAGAUCCCAAUUCACAACUCUUUCCUGUGGUCAUGGUCGCAGGAGAAACCGAAACCCCCAAAUGAAA